AUGAUAUCCAAUCUUGAUGAAGCCUUUCUAAUAAAUUUAAAAAAUGAAUUUAUUUCAAAUUCAACGUCCUCAUCCACAUUUGUUUCUUCGGAGCUCUUAACAACUUAUUCUCCAAUUGAAACGCUUACCCCAGAACUUGAUUGCCUACCAAACUUAUCUCAGGAUCUAUUACUUCAACCAUCAAUCCCCACUCAUUUCGAUAUGAGCAAUACCAAUGAUUUCCAGCUUGCCUAUUCAAUAAUAAAAGAUUCUAUCGUUCAAAUUGAACGUUCCAGUAAUGAAGAUCUUCUAAGUCUCGCAACUAAUGCUAAUCACAAUAAACUUUCAAUCACUUCUCCAUCUUCAUCUGUCAAUACCGAUGAUAUGCCUCGUGUACGUGGUCCCAAAUCCACUCGGUUCACCUGUCCAAUAUGCGGUCUAAUAACGGUGUCAAUGGAACGUUUGCAGCGACAUGUCAAUCAACAUGGACAAAAGCUUCGAUUAGAAACAUACAAGCCUGAACGAAAAGUUUCAUCGUUAAUAUGUGAAAAAUGCAAAGCAACAUUUUCAUCUGCAUAUGCUUUAAGAAAACACCAACGCGUACAUACACGAGACAAACCAUUCUCAUGUGAUUUCUGCGGAUCGAGAUUUUCGCAAUGGGGAAAUCUCCGACAUCAUAUUCAACGACAUUUAGGAAUCAGUCCAUAUGCGUGUCCUUAUUGUAAGAAGACAUUCAUCGCUCCAUGUAAACUCGAAGUACACAUUCGUGGCCAUCUUGACGAAAGACCUUAUGUUUGUGAUCGAUGCCAAGCAACAUUUCGAUGCAAUGAUGAUUUACGAAAGCAUUUGAUCAUUCAUGCGGAUUACAAACCAUUCGUUUGUUGGAUGUGUUCGAAACCUUUCUUUCAUGCAUCAAAACUACGUAUGCAUUUGAAAGAGAAACAUGAUACUGAUGUAACCAUACGGAAAAAAGACGUGCUCGAAUCGGGUACCGAAUAUGAAAUCACAUUUGUGAAUCCAAAUGAACAAACCAAAGAAACAUUACCGCCACUCGAAAGUCUCCCGGCCAACGAUGAUCAAAAUUCGACGUUUUAUGAAACAAUAAUGAAUGCCGAUGAAAGUCAAUCGAGAAAAUUGUCACUGGUCGAUGAAGCAUGUGACGAACCAGUUAGCAGUUAUCAAUUAUUAAAUGAGCUAAGUGUUAAUGAUAUAGAAACGUUUGUUAAAAACAAUCCAUUUGUUUUAUCUGAAAAUGAAUUAAGAACUUGUAGUUCGGGAGGACAUCAUCAACAUUUUGAUGAUUUAAAAUUAAUUGAUUUUCCUGUCAUGUGA